UUGGCUUCCUGACAGCUGUGGCUGGUUGGAUCAACGGUGGCCAGAGGAGAGAGAAGGCCCCAGACAGGCUCCAGAGGUCUCUGAGGGGCCGUGAAUAAAACAAGAUGAGGCGCUUCCUGCGGUCGGGCCCUGACCCCGAGCGGGAGAGACUGAAGCGGGACCUAUUCCAGUUCAACAAGACCGUGGAGCAUGGCUUCCCACACCAGCCCAGCGCCCUCGGCUACAGUGCCUCCCUGCGCAUGCUGGCCAUCGGCACCCGCUCCGGGGCCAUCAAACUCUACGGCGCCCCCGGAGUGGAGUUCAUGGGGCUGCACCGGGAGAACAACGCCGUCGUCCAGGUCCACUUCUUGCCUGACCAGUGCCGCCUGGUCACACUGCUGGACGACAACAGCCUGCAUCUCUGGAGCCUGAAGGUCAAGGGCGGGGUGUCGGAACUGCAGGAGGAAGAGAGCUUCACGCUGCGCGGCCCCCCAGGGUCUGCCCCCAGCGCCACACAGAUCACCGUGAUCCUGCCCCAUUCCUGCCGCGAGCUUCUCUACCUGGGCACCGAGAGCGGCAGCGUGUUUGUGGUACAGCUGCCAGCCUUCCGCAUGCUGGAGGACAGGACCCUGAGCUCGGAUGCCGUGCUGCAGCGGUUGCCAGAGGAGGCCAGGCACCGGCGGGUCUUUGAGAUGGUGGAAGCCCUGCAGGAGCACCCCCGAGACCCCAACCAGAUCUUGAUCGGCUACAGCCGGGGCCUCGUGGUGGUCUGGGACCUGCGGACGGGCGGGGUGGUCCACCAUUUCCUCAGCAGCCAGCAGCUGGAGGGCGUCUGCUGGCAGCGCGACGGCCAGCUGAUGGUCAGCUGCCAUUCUGACGGCAGCUAUUGCCAGUGGCCCGUGGCCGGCGACACCCAACAACUGGAGCCCCUGCCCAGCUGCGUGCCUUACGGUCCCUUUCCCUGCAAAGCUAUUACCAAAAUCUUCUGGCUGACCACCAGGAAGGGGCUGCCCUUCACCAUCUUCCAGGGCGGCAUGCCCCGGGCCAGCUACGGGGACCGCCACUGCAUCUCCGUGGUCCACGGCAGCCAGCAGACGGCUUUCGACUUCACCUCCCGGGUCAUCGACUUCAUGGUCCUGGCUGAGGCCGACUCUGCGGCCGCCUCUGAUGACCCCUACGCCCUGCUGGUGCUGGCCGAGGAGGAGCUGGUGGUGAUCGACCUGACGGCGGCCGGCUGGCCCCCUGUGCAGCCGCCCUACCUGGCCUCCCUGCACUGCUCGGCCAUCACCUGCUCCCACCACGUCUCCAACAUCCCCCUGAAGCUGUGGGAGCGAGUCAUUGCUGCCGGCAGCAAGCAGAGCACGCACUUCUCCAGCAUGGAGUGGCCUAUUGAUGGGGGUACAAGCCUGGCCCCGGACCCCCCUCAGAGAGACCUGCUGCUCACUGGGCACGAGGACGGCACCGUGCGCUUCUGGGAUGCCUCGGGCGUCUGCCUGCGGCUGCUUUACAAGCUCAGCACCGUCCGCGUCUUCCUCACCGACUCGGACCCCAGCGACAGCCUCCACGCCCAAGGCGAGGAGGAGUGGCCCCCACUCCGCAAGGUGGGCUCCUUCGACCCCUACAGCGACGACCCCCGACUGGGCAUCCAAAAGAUUUUCCUCUGCAAAUACAGUGGCUACCUGGCUGUGGCGGGCACGGCCGGGCAGGUACUGGUGCUGGAGCUGAACGACGAGGAGGCCGAGCACGCGGUGGUGCAGGUGGAGGCCGACCUGCUGCAGGACCAGGAGGGCUACCGCUGGAAGGGGCACGAGCGGCUGUGUGCCCGCCCGGGCCCGGUGCGCUUUGAGCCUGGCUUCCAGCCCUUCGUGCUGGUGCAGUGCCAGCCGCCAGCCGUGGUCACCUCGCUGGCCCUGCACUCCGAGUGGCGCCUUGUGGCCUUCGGCACCAGCCACGGCUUCGGCCUCUUUGACCACCAGCAACGGCGGCAGGUCUUUGUCAAGUGCACGCUGCAUCCCAGUGACCAGCUGGCCUUGGAGGGCCCCCUGUCCAGAGUCAAGUCCCUGAAGAAGUCCCUGCGCCAGUCCUUCCGCCGGAUGCGCCGGAGCAGGGUAUCCAGCCGGAAGCGGAGGCCAAUGGGUCACCCAGGAGAGGUGCCGGAGGCCAGCGCCAAAGUGGAGCGGGCCGGCCUGCAGAGCGUGGAGCUGGCGCCUGUGCAGCGCAAGAUCGAGGCGCGCUCGGCCGAGGACUCCUUCACUGGCUUCGUCCGCACGCUCUACUUUGCUGACACCUACCUGAGGGACAGCUCCCGCCACUGCCCCUCGCUGUGGGCUGGUACCAACGGCGGCACUGUCUACGCUUUCUCCCUGCGCGUGCCCCCUGCUGAGCGGAGAAUGGACGAGCCUGUGCGGGCAGAGCAGGCCAAGGAGAUUCAGCUGAUGCACCGUGCACCUGUGGUGGGCAUCUUGGUGCUGGAUGGGCACAGUGUGCCCCUCCCGGAGCCGCUGGAGGUGGCCCACGACCUGUCCAAGAGCCCGGACAUGCAGGGAAGCCACCAGCUACUGGUCAUCUCUGAGGAGCAGUUCAAGGUGUUUACACUGCCCAAGGUCAGUGCCAAGCUAAAGCUGAAGCUGACGGCGUUGGAGGGCUCUCGGGUGCGGCGGGCCAGCGUGGCGCACUUCAGCAGCUGUCGGACAGAGGACUAUGGGGAGCACCACCUGACCGUCCUUACCAACCUGGGCGAUGUCCAAGUGGUCUCCCUGCCCCUGCUCAAGCCCCAGGUGCGCUUCAGCUGCAUCCGCCGCGAGGACGUCAGCGGCAUCGCCUCCUGCGUCUUCACCAAAUACGGACAAGGUUUCUACCUGAUCUCCCCCUCGGAGUUUGAGCGCUUCUCUCUCUCCACCAAGUGGCUAGUUGAGCCCCGCUGCUUGGUGCAAUCAGUGGAGACCAAGGGCCACCGCAGGCCUCACAACGGGGCGGGCCCUGAGAAGGCCGAGGUCCGACCCAGGAAUUCGGAGAGCCGGAGUGCUGUAGAGGAGAGGACGAGGGGUCCCACCAUGCAGCACGCCCUGCUGAACGAUGAGAGAGUGCUGAAGGAGGUCCAGAGUACACUGGAGGGAGACCGAGGGAGCUGUGGGGACUGGCGCUCUCAGAGAGUGGUGGGCUACAGCCUCAGCAAUGGAGGAGCAGAGUGAGCGGCCAGCCCCCGUGCUCCAUGACCACACACUACUGAGGCCCACCCUGGGGCACUGCCCCAACCGACAGGCCGAGGACUGGACCUUGAGGGGCACCAGGCCCCACCCAGCUGCUGCUCCUGACCUCGGGAGACCAGAAAACCCAGGCCGGGGUCGCCCCUCCCAGCCUGUUGUCAAUGUUGCACAGUUUUAUCCCCUUUUUGUAGUGGGCUGGGUUUUAAAUUAUAUGAUUUAACUGCCUCUAGGUGAAAACAGAGUUUUUAAUAAACACCUCAUUACCUCUUCA